CCAUAUGAAACAGCCAAAAAAAAAAAACAAUUGUUGGUGUACGUGCGGUGAACGCGUUCAGUGAUAGAAAAAGAAAGAAAGAAAGAAAGAAAGAAGCCUCUAUUCCCCCAGCAAAACAACUAGCCCUAAUGACAAUACUGUAUAUAUUCAUUCUCUGAGACGAUGUAAAAUUAAUGCGUGAAGAAGAAGAGAAAAAUAUAAUAGUAGCCAGAGAAUACCAUGAUUUUUGGACAAGUGAAAAGUAUAUCAAAAUAGAUCAAGUGAUGAAAUUUAGUGAAUUAAAAAUUAAGUUAGUUGUUUUUAUUGUGAAAAUAGGCUAAGAAAUGGAUAAACCAACGACAAGUAAACGUCUUCUGUCAUAUUCAGAAGACGAUAUAGAUAGGUCAACAACAGGCCACAGCACUGGAUUUGAUGAGAGUAGUUUUGGUGCAGACGACAGUUUUUUAAAUACAAGAACGCCGUCAUCAACCGAUAAAGAUACAUUUAAAUUAACGCCACAGCCACGACCUGCACCCGGGAAGAUGUCGUCACAAAAGAAAAGCGCUACCGAUCUAUUUCCGUGGCUUAAAGAUGUUGAAAAAUCGGCACAGAAAUGCCUUGGUAGUAUACCUGAAGCAAAAACUAAAACCAUUUUAAAUGCAAUGGAUUUUCUUAUCAGGAAAAUGGUGGAAGAUUGUCAAAAAUAUUGUAAAUCACCAAGAUUAUCAAUAACUUUAGCCCGGUAUAUUCGCGAGUUCCUAUACACCUAUCGUUAUCUGUACAAAGGAUUCGAAAUGGGCAUCGAAUUCUUUCGAAGGGUAACCAAAUUAUUGGUUAUUUACACAGACUUGGAACUAUGUGGAUCGAUGUCUGGACAAGAGUGUGAUAAUGAGAUAGCCAAUCGUAUUCAAUUAACUUAUUGUACACAUUUGGAGGGUGCCGAAGAUUUUACCGUGCUUGAUGUAUUCAUUAAUAUGAAACGAUUGAGUCGUAUUCAUAGAGGCGUUUUAAGUCUGCUCCUAAAACAUUUCCUGGUGAAAAUAACAGUCAAAGAACCGGUUGAGGUAGAAGAUGAUACGUUCGCGAAGUACUUAAUAGUAUUUAAAAAAUGGUUAGCUAUUGAGGAUAUUCACGAGGAUAAAGAAGACAUUCGAAGUGCAUUUAUUACACAAGUCAAGCCAAAAAAAAUGUUUUGCAUGAAUUCAAAAUAUGCACCAUACUUGCCAGCUGGUGAUGGUCAAAAGACGACUGAUAAUUAUGUACGUAUGUUAGAUAAGAAGUUUUCGCUACAACCACUAUUACGGGCACUUGAAUUGACGGACAAAAAUUUCGGUGAACCUUCGACCAUUGAAAUUACAAAAAAGUUGAAUGACGUGGUUGUUCUCAGUGACGACGAAGAAAAUGAUGCAUCCGAAAUCCAAUUAGUUAAUGUUAAAACUGAAUGCGGCGAAACAAGUGAUAACAGUUCAGUAAUCGAUGAAACGUCAAAACCAGAGUUAAUCGAUUUAACUGAAGAAGCAUAUGAAGAAACAAAUGCACCACGCUUAUAUAUCUCGUGGCUGGCGGAUUUAAUUGAACGUGCAAAAAUCAAGCCCACGACAAUGGAUCAACGUCUCGAAGGUGCACAUAUUUCAAGCGAUAUUAUUGUGAUCGAUGAUCCAGAAGAAAGUAAUGAAACGAAUAAAAAACCAAGCGAUGAAUCUCAAACAACAAAGAUCACAUCAGAAAAUGUGUCAUCAAUAGCAACAUCAACAACAACAACAUCAAUAAGCACAUCUGUAACACAAACUGAUUCGUCCAGCACCGAUAGCGGACGUGUGUUAUCAAAUCGUGAAGAAGUAGGUAUCCAUUGGAAAAAUAAUUUUGAAAUGUGCCCAACGUCUGUUAAUGUGGAGUGCAUUAAUGAGACACAGGCCGACGAAAAUCAAUUAUGUCAACCAGCACAGGCGGGCCAUGGAAAUGUCGUCGCAAAUCAACUUCAUCUAUCAAACGACGACAAUUCAUCGGAAUGCAAUGCAUUCAAUGUUAGCUCGAGUGAUGGCAAUAAAUCAAUGAUACCGAUUAACAUGAACAUUGUUGCAUCGGGUAGUAUUAGUAGUUGUAGUGAUGAGGCAGCGGAACAAUUAUUGACAGUAGCACUUAAAAAUCAAAAAUUAAACGAUCGUUUGCCAACAUCGAUGGAUUUAAUUGAUAAAGUACAACAAACAUCAGAUGUAGAUUGUACAGUUGAAUCGACAUCAUUAUUAUUCGAACCAACGUCAUCGGAUUGCUUGCCUCAGCCAAGCCAAAUGCCCGAGCCAUCAACGGCAACGGUAUACAGGCGGCUUCAAGUAGUGAAUGAUAAGAAUUUGGGGAUUAAUUUUGAUUUAAAAGCAGAUGAAUUAGCCCAAAAUGACGAACUCAUUGCAGCAGAAAGUGUGAACGAUGCAAUGGAUGAAUAUAAUGCAAAAAUGCUACGAUCUCAAGCAAAGAAAUGCAUAACCGUCGUUCAUCCGACACGGCAUAAUCAAUCGCCUAUAAAUGCUGUUUGUAAAAGUGAGAGUACAGCAGAUUAUCCACAAGAUAUGACAAGUGCAUCAUCAUCAACGUCAUCAACGUCAUCAUCACAAAAACAUUUCGAAUGUUCGAUACCUUUGAGCAGCAUCAAAACGAAUAAUCUUUUUACAAAAACCGUUGACAAUAGAAGCUCACCGCAGAGCUAUGAGCGUACAAUUCGUUCAACACAAAAUGUGAUUACCGCCGAAUUAUCAAUUGAUAAUAAUGUACAAGCAACUGCAAAUACCUCAUCCUUUGCACGACGUCGAGUUGUUGAUAAACCUGAAAUUGUAAAUGACAAUGAAAAUGUACCUUCAACCAUAAUGGAACGAAAGACAUACAUUAAAAAGCCGAGCAAUAAAACAACAUCGACCGAAAAUCGAGCAACCCGACCACACCACCGCACAAGAUCUCCAACAUUGACAAUUGAAUCGCGGCAAACAUCACAAUCGAUCCUUCCACAACAAAAGCAGCAAGCAAUUUCACAACAUUCAACCAGUGACCAACACCAACAGCAACAACAGCAACAGCAGCAACUGCAGCAACAACUGCAACAGCAACACCAACAACACAUAUCACCAUCAAAAACAACACAGACGCAACAUCAACCGUAUAAAUUAUUUUAUUCAGAUGAAGAACUUCCAUUUCUUACACCGUAUGAUGUUUUCCUGAAUGAAGACGAUGAAAAGAUGGACGAAACGAGCCAAAACAAAGGCACCCAAAGCAGUGUAGCUGUGCAAGCGUCACCAAAGGAAAAACAAAUGAUUGCCGAGAAAAAUCUUUCGUAUGAAAUUUCGGAUGAAAAACUAUUGACAGCUGCCGCUCAACUUGUUGACGUUUAUAAUAAACGAUCGAAGGCUUCAGCAACGAUAACAGUACAAAAGAAACCAAUCAUCGAAUCACCACGAAAUCGUACCAUUAACCUCAAUAAAUCACAAACGAUGCGAUCACCGAUGAUUGUUCCGAAUUUUGUUGUAACUAAAAUCACCGAAAAAACACCGGACAAAGUCACCAUAAAUAGGCAAAUACGUGAACCAACGGGUGCAAGCGAAAUAAAUAUUGUUAAAAUGGUUCGAAAACAAGAGGAACCCGAACAAACGAAACGCAACUUGAAUGAAUUGCAACGACAACGGCCAGUACAUUAUUUAAAUCAAGCAAGAGAAUUUAAAGUGAAAAAUAUGAGCAUUUUGAAUAAAAAUGUGAGCAUAAAUGAUCGAAAUAAGGCAACGACAUCAAGAACACCAUUUAGUGGUGCCUCUCAAAUGAAUAAAGCAAAACAAAAUGAGCCGGUGAUUUUAAAUUUUCGGGCAAAAAUGCAUGAUUCCAUCGCAGAGCCAAGGAAACGUGAACCAAUGACAUUAAAUGGCCGAAAAAAUACAUAUCGUGUACCCGAAAUGCAACCAAUUUCAAAAAACUCGAUGGAUCGGAGCAUGGCAUCACAAAUAAAAGCAGCUGAUCGCUAUCGUACAAAUAUGUCCAAUAAAUUGUAUGCCAGUUCAAUAGCCAGUUCGGUGAGACCGGUAUCGAUGCCGGUCACUAAAGUUUAUUCACGUUUUCCAUCAAAUUCCAUACGAAAAACAUUUUACAACAAUCGAAUGCAUCGACCCCGUGCUCCAAUCCUUCGAAAAUUUCCAUCAAUGUCGAAUAUUUCCAAUGGCGACAAAGUGCAUACAAAUUUUUUCGAUCAGACUCCGUAUGAUAAAGUGCCCGAUACAUCGAAAGAUUCAACAAAUUUAAUGCGAGUGAAUUCUUGCUUCAUCAUUGGUAGUAAAUCGUCGGCAGCACUAUUUGAAAAAACAAUACGAAACAAUGAAGACUAUUCAAAAUUGUAUAAUUUAUGUUCAGAUGUUGUAUCGAAGCUAUGUUUCAAAGGUCAAACAAUUCGACGGAAACGAGGACGUCCACGGAAAAAAGUCUACCAGAGUCUCACCAAAGACCUAUUAAAUUCGCCUGAAUUUUCAUUGAAAGCCGACAUUGUGAGAUUGCAUGAAAUGUAUUAUGCAUCGAAACGAUUUGGUGGACAACCUUUCGCUCACAUUUUGAAUUCGAAUCCAAGACGAAGUAAACGAUGUGCGUUGCUAUCUAUUGAACCUGUUCUAACGGAAUCGAUUGAAUCGUCAAUUUACGGGCGAUAUCGAGAACGAGAACGAUCACCAGUUGGUUCAUUUCAUAUCAAUCGAGUACCAUUGAAAACAUACAGCAGAGUGAAUAUGAUUCAACCACGUCAAUCAUCGAAUAAUAAAAGAAAAGAAGUGGCGCACACCUUUAGCAGCAAACCACACAUCCAACUGUUGAAUAUUGAACCGUUGUCGUCAACAUCACAAAGCGAUAUGCGGCAAGGAUUCAAUGAAGAAGUGACUCAAUCAACGGAAUAUAUUAUCGAAACCGAUAUUAAUGCGGACGAUAUUGAUGAAUCUGAUGCAAUUUACAUCGAAUAUUUGGAAGAUAAUGAUGAAAUUGAGUCGCCAGCAUACGAACCGGUUGCAAUUUCUGAAAUCGAUACAAAACCAUCUUCAAUAAUAAUAACUGAAGAAGCCGAUACAACGGUGGAAAGUUGUUCUUCACGACAACAAACGAACUAUGAUCGCUAUCGAUCGAAAAAAUCAUUGGAUAUGAGUGCACAAAAUUUCAAGCCGACCACAUCAUAUGGCAUAAAACAAGCUCCAAGCAUCGAAUUCAAAUAUCUUAGAACAAGCGAAAUUGAUGCACAUAGCACAACCGAUCCCAUCACAGAAAUAUUCGCAACCUUUGAACCAGAUGAUAAAACCACAAUGAUGAUUUUACCACAAAAGAAACCAGAAUUAAACGUCUCACCAGUUCGAAAAAGUACUCGCAAACGGAAAAUACCAUCGGAAUUUCCGAAUUUUGCUAAAAAAAUUCGAAGUUGACAUGUAAAGGUUUUUUCCUCGGUGUGAGCCAUGAAUGGAACGUUCG